AGAGAGAGAGAGAGAGGCAGCAGAACUGGGAGGAGAAACCACACACACACACACAACUACAGGCGACAACUUACUUUAAACACUUUAUAGGGUUUCGUGCAUCAGCAGGUGAAUAUGAGCGACGCGAAUCAGCCCAAAGUUGAACUUUUCGUGAAGGCAGGGAGCGAUGGUCAGAGCAUCGGCAACUGUCCGUUCUCCCAGCGCCUCUUCAUGGUGCUGUGGCUGAAAGGAGUCACCUUCGAUGUGACAACAGUGGAUAUGAAGAGGAAGCCGGACAUCUUGAAGGAUUUGGCUCCAGGUGCCCAGCCUCCCUUCCUGUUGUACGGCAGCGAGGUCAAAACGGACACCAACAAGAUCGAGGAGUUUCUGGAGGAAAACCUCUGCCCUCCAAAGUAUCCCCGUCUGGUUGCCCGUAACCCAGAGUCCAACACAGCAGGCAUGGAUGUUUUCUCCAAAUUCUCAGCUUACGUCAAGAACUCAAACCCUCAGACCAACGAAAACUUGGAGAAAGGCCUGCUGAAGGCUCUGAAGAAGCUGGACGACUACCUCGGCUCCCCACUUCCUGAUGAAAUUGACGAGAAUAGCGCCGAUGAGCUCACUUCCUCGUCCCGCCCCUUCCUGGACGGCCAACAGCUUACUCUGUCUGACUGCAACUUGCUGCCUAAGCUCCACAUCAUGAAGGUGGUGUGUUUAAAAUACCGAAACUUCAACAUCCCCCAGUCCCUGACAAACCUCUGGAGGUACCUGAACGCAGCGUACAUCAGGGAGGAGUUUGCCUCCACCUGCCCAAUCGACGACGAGAUCCACAUCGCCUACUCCUCUGUAGCUAAAGCUCUCAAGUAGGAGCACACCAGGAGGCACAAGUCAUACAACACAUACAUAGAUUACAUAGAAUACAAAAGCACAAAAACACACACUUACCCACCUGCACACUCACUCUGAAGCAACCUGGUCGAUCUGUUUCUCUAGAGGCUUUUAUUGCAUCUGUUUGUUAACUUUUUUACAGCUUUAAAAUCUACUAAAUAGUUACAUGUACAAAUCCUUGAACAUUUGUGAAUUUUAAGGAAAAAAAGAAAAUCAAAAAAACUUUUGAGAAUAGACAUAAAUAGACAUGAGCUAUUGACACCAUCUAUUUUGCGUAGAAAAAACGUCCUUUGUUAUUUAUUUACUCAACAUUAGUAAAUAGGCCAAUUUCUUUCUUCAAUUGUUGGGUCCUUGAAUGUUAGUGAACUGGGCCAGAUGUAUUGAUUGGGAACCCUGUUGAUAUCACCUUUGUAUAAUGUUAGUCAAUAUAGCUGGUUAAUUGUUGUCAAACUAUACUGUUAGUUUUACUUCAGAGGUGUUUGUUCCUGAUGUCUUCCUGCUUUUUGUUUGCCACGUGUAUCAGUUUACACCAUGAGGUAAACAAGGAAGCGCUGGAGGCAGAUAAGCUGAGGUUAAAACAAACACAAGCACAAAAAAAGCACUGUGGCAGAAUGUAUUUACAUUUGCUUCACAGUAACCUUGUUUAGGAUUUUAACGAUUGAUCAUGUUGCUUGCAGGUCACACACACACACACACACACACACACACACACACACACACACACACACACACACACAUUUAAAACUACAGCCUGUCUUGUGUCCAGUUUCACCAUCAGUAGAUACACACUGUAAAGUUGUUUCUCGUUCCCUUACUGAUGAUGUUUUUUUUACAGUAUUUCGUUGUAUUUUUUUUUUAGGGGGGGGGGGGUUAGCAGACACAAAGCUGCCUACCAUAUCAAAUUGCCAGCCUCAAACAAAAUGCUUCAACUCUUCUUUUCAGUCUUAGUAUUAAGGAAGUGGUUUUCUUUUUUUAGGUCAAAAUGUGUACCAGUGCCAAAGUCUCUUUUGGGGUUUGCCUUUAUUUUAGAUUAUUAAGAAUGGAUGUAUUCAUUAAUUCCUGAGGGAACAAGGCCUUUUAUACUUGAGGACUACAAAUGUAUUUUUUAAAUCUACAGUUUCUUAUUCUUCACUUCAGAGAGGAUGUGGGGUGCUUUUCCUCGGCGGCCUGCAGACCGGGUCUCGCUUUAGGGAGGCAGAGCUGAGAACAGACACAGGAAACUCUUUCAAUAGACCCGGGCUUCCCCUUUCUGCCCCCCCCCACAGUGGGCGGGAAGGAUUAUUCAAGAUUACCGAGCUUGUUUGAGAUCCCCUGUUGCCCUCUUUUUUUAUGAAGAAUCCUUUUAAGUGUCAUAUAAAAGAAAGAGAUCAGGUUGUUGGCGUUUGAAAGUGUGGCCGAAGAAGCCGUUUACUGCUAACGUGCUGCAAUAAAAUCACUUGUAAUGCCUCCUCUGGUCGCCUUGGGAACCAGACCCGUGCUGUUACAUGUUUCUCAUCAGGGGAAAACAAGGAAGUUAAAUGUAAACAUGCUCAAUGUUUAAAAUUGAAAAUGCACUUGCAGCUCUAGAUUGCCGUCCAUUAUUAAUUGAAAGUAAAGGUUUUUCUUAUUGUCAAUUAGUCCAAUAUAAACGUUUUUUAUGAAUUAUCCGACCCAGUCUGUGAAUCUUAAGCCAUUCAUUUAAGAGUGUUUAGUUGCAGGGGACUAUUUUUAGCCGUGUAAUAAUACACACUUGCACUAGUCAAUAUUUUCAGCAGAAAAGUCUCAGAGUGCAGAAUCUGGAGGCAACAAGAACAUUUUGUUAUAAUUUGUAGAAUAGAAUAAAUCUACUCUUGCUAGUCUGAAAUCAUUUUUGUUAAAGUGACUUGAAAUUGAUCUGUUUGGAAGAACUGGAAACAAUAACCACACAUCUCAUCCGAAUAUAACGGCAGCUUGUGUAGAGUAGACAACUUUAUUAACUUAACUGCAUCUAUGCAAAUGAACAUGUGGGAUGUUUGUAAUUAAGACUUACACCGUAGGUCUGUUGUGACCUCAUCAUGUCUCUGGGAUUAGAGUGAAGCUCUUAAAAAUAAAAUAUAACCUAAGUGCAAUUUAAGACGAUUAAAAAGACAAUCUUAUACACAGACUUUUAUUAUGUUAGACUAGUUUAGUAUGAGCACAGUAUUUUUCUAUAUGAUUUUAAUUACAUUCUUCCUUGAGGUGUUAUUGAGGACAAGUGUUGAUCAAAGAGAUUAAAGUGUAUAUUUUAUAUUGACUGAAACUUUCUAAAAGUGGACCAACGUUUAAAGGGAUAGUGUCUGAAUAAUUUCAGUGCUCAUGUAUUAUUGUAUUAGUAUUGAGGAGUUUUUCACGUCUUACCUUGGGACUUGAUUCGAUUUCAUUAAAAUGUUACUUUAACUGGUUUGUUCUCACUUUUACUUUGUUUUGAGAGUCAUAUUUUGCCACUGACUUUGUUUCAUACAUUCCCCUGCAACCCUGUUAACCUUUAGUUUUGUCCUUUUACAUAUCAUGUAGUCAAAAGAGGGUGCACUUAAAAGUCUUAAGAAAAUGGCGUGGAAACUAAAUCAGUAGAUUCAAAUAAUCAAUGAAAACAAUCAAACUAGUAACACAACUGAAAUGUAUUUGGAUGUUCAAAGCCCUUUACAAGACACAUUUAUUAAAAUCCCAAUAAAUAAAUACCUUGUUGAAAAAUUCA